GAAAGGGUAGUAUUUUUGGCCUAUCGACUGGUUCGUUCGGUCACACUGGCCAGCAAUUGAAUUAAAGUGAAAAAAAUAAAUGAAUAAACAAACUAGCUGUGCGUCCGCGAACAGACGACUCACCCGAGGAACACUCGUUUUCAACGCAAUGCACUCGAUGACGCGGACGCGCGCCCAGUAGAGCCUCCCGAUAAGAAUCCCGGAAUCUGCAAGGCCAGAGACUACACAGAUUUUGUGGGAAACCAGCCCAGAUCCCCAUAUCCAGCACCAGACCCAGAUCCAACGACACCGGCCAAAUGAGCAGCGGAAUGAGGUCGCAGGACGGUCCGCGGGCGAAGGUCAAUGCCGCCAGCACGCUGCUCACCCAGGAGGAGAAUGAGGCCGUCUUCAAGCUGCUGGGCAAGAAGUGCCAGACACUCAACACCGCCGUGGUGCAGAUCUACAAGACGGAGGGCAGCGCCCAUGCCCACUGGAAGAAGCGACACACCGGGGUGGUGUGCUUCGUCAAGGAUAGCGCCAUCCGAUCCUAUUUCAUGCGCGCCUACUGCCUGAUCAAGAACGAGCUGAUCUGGGAGCACGAGAUCUACGAUGGCAUGGAGGUGGUCAAGUCGCGACCCUUCCUGCUCACCUUCGAGGGCAGUGAUGGUCAUGUGGGACUAAACUUCGUGUCCGAGGAGGAGUGCGACUCCUUCUUCCGCAUUGUGGACGCCACCAUAGAGACGCGUAACCGCAAACGACAAGAGAAGCGCAACCGGCAGAAAAGCCAGCAGGCGCCCAAUGCUCCAUUGCCUCAGGUGCAGCGGGAGCCGGCCAGGCCACCACCCAUGCAAGGUGGGUUCUCCGCCACGGACGGCGUUCAGCUGAGGAACAACAAGAUCAACUCGGUGACACUAACGCCUGCACCAGCGCCAGCGCCGUCGAAGAAUUUCCUGUCCAGUAGCUUCGGUCUGGGUAACCAUGCGAAGGACAAGAAGCGCAAGGUGACCAAGGCGGACAUCAGCCAGCCGACAAACUUUAUGCACCUCAGCCACGUGGGUUGGGAUGCGGAGAAGGGAUUUGAUCUGACGGGCAACGAGAACGACAAAGUGCUGAACGAGUUCUUCGUCAAGGCAGGUGUCUCCGAAGUGGAGCUAAAGGAUCGGGACACCCGCGCCUUCAUCUACGACUUCAUACAGAGCAACAAUGUCCUGGAGUCGGUGAAGCAAUACAGUGUAGAAUCCCCUACGGAAACAGCGGCUCCCAUGCCGCCACCGGUGCCAACCCGUCAUCCAUCUAAUGGCAACCAAAGAACUGCUCCUCCGCUGCCGCCGGCAAGACAACCACCGCCCGCAGUUCCCGUCACUGUGCCGGGCGCCGCACGAGCUCCUCCACCACCUAACAGACCACCACCCAUUAGCACCGCUCCACCACCGCCACCAGUCAGUGCACCCGUUGUGGCGCCGCCACCUCCACCACCGCCACCACCAGCGGCGGUGCCGCCUCCACCGCCCCCGCCCAUGCCAGUGGGAGAGAUCCCCGUCAUCACGACCACACACGCACCGACUCAAGCAGCCCGGCCAGCAGCUCCGGCGGCCCCAGAUCCACGCAAUGCACUAAUGGACGCCAUACGCAAGGGAACCCAGCUGAAGAAAGUUGACACGGCUGCUCUCAGCACUGGAAGUGGCGACUCGCGCAGCGAUUUAAUGAAGGAUAUCCGUCAGGGCACUGUUCUAAAACCGGCCAAGGAACGGGAGCUGGGCAGUCAGCGAAACAGCGACAGUGGAGCAGGCACCGACGCCUUAGCCGAUGCACUGCGUCGAGCGCUGGCGGCGCGUGGAAACGCCAUCCACUCGGACGAGGACGAAACCGAGUCCUCGGACAACGAAGGGGAGUGGGACUAAGGGAACUAUGGAUGACACGAUGCGAUAGGGGCAGGCAGACACUAUUCCAAAAAUAAGCAAUAAGUUAAUUUGUGCUUUGGCAUUUUGGUUUAUCGUUAGAUAAAUCCCUGUAAAUACUGUUAGUGAAUUUUCAUACCUCUUUAAUUUAAUUGUACGCGCUAAACAAAAGCAAAAUCUACUAAAGGAUAACCACAAAUUAAGAAAUUUUAUCAGCAAUUGCCCGUUUUCGUUUGUUCCAAAUCACAUUUGCAUAUCCAUAAAGCUGCUCAAUUAAAUAUGAAUAAUACACACGAGUGUUUCUUCAAUAUGUGGGUGAGUUUUGCAAACCCCGUUCAGACUACUGUGCCAAAAACUUGAGAACACCAAAAUAUAAGAGGAGUUUGUGAAAAAUUAGAGAUUCACCUUUAAGCGAACUGAAAAACUGUAAACUGAGCGAUAAAAAUUUAUUAUAGUGAAUAUAUUUUAUAAAUCUACAACAAAGGGAAGGAUCAAACGAAAAGAAAUCUGUGACUGCUAUUAAUAAAGCCACAGCUGAGAGUUAUUCAAAUACAAUAUUUAAACUAAUAGAUUUGCCCGCAAUUAACCAUAAACUAAAUUUACAAGUUUGCUCAGUAAUAAUUCACUACUUGUUGAAAUAAUUAUUAACAAAUGUAAUGUAAGUGUGGCUAAGUCCAAUAGGCAUGUAUUCAAAUUAUGUUGACCACAAGGCUUCCUCGGGCACCCAUGGGUCCGCUAAAGCUGUCUAUUCAUCCAGUUACACCCAAUCGAUUGAUGACCUAGUAACGCAUAAGUAUUUUCCUUUAGUUCGAGCGCAUUUAAUGCAAACUUGUAGUCAUUUUUCUUCUGUGUGCUUGUAUUUAAAUCAAGAUUACGUAUAUGUAUGUUUUCGUAACAUUUUUGAAACUAAUAAACCCAAUAAGCUUGUCAGAGCGAGAAAUUUAUGUGGAUCAGAUUUUGAAUUAAUGUGUGUACGCAUGUCUAAAGAGUUUUGUGCGAUGUAUGUAUUUAAAUACAUAAUAAUUACAUAUGCUAACAUAUAAGCCAUUAAUUUAUGUAAUAAAGUUGUGUAUAUCUAACUUAAAACUAA